AGCGUAUAACAUUGACAGCGUGUCCGUGGCUAUGUGUUUACAAAUGUUUGUCAUAAUUGACGAUAACGCUUAUACCUUGUAUAAUAACUAGCGUUCGAGCUUUGUUAAUACUUCUGUAAAAUAACUGUUAUAGAUCAAUCAUGGGAAACUCAAUUUUUAAAUAUUUUUUCGGUAAGAAGGAGGUACGGAUAUUGAUUUUGGGUCUAGACGCGGCAGGAAAAACAACCACAUUAUAUACUUUAAAACUUGGUGAAGUUGUGACAACCAUUCCUACUAUUGGAUUUAACGUAGAAACGCUUAAUUACAAAAAUGUCAAUAUAACAGCCUGGGACGUGGGUGGAAGAGACAAAAUUCGACCUUUGUACCGACAUUAUUUUCAAAACACACAGGGACUUGUCUAUGUAGUUGACAGUAAUGAUAAAGAAAGAUUCGAAGAUGCAAUAGAUGAGUUACGUAGAUUUUUGAGGGAAGACGAACUCCGUGAUAUUCCCGUUCUUAUUCUUGCUAAUAAACAAGAUAUCGAAGGCGCUAUGACGCCAGAGGAAAUAACACAAAAGGUACAAGAAAAUAAAUGUAUGGAUGAUAGACAUUGGACAGUGUUUGGUGUCAUCGCUAAUCGUGUUAAAGACAAUGGGCUUCAAGAGGCUUUUGAUUGGCUUUCUCAUAUAAUGGUUAACAGCGAGAAACACAAAAUGGCGUCGGAACUAUUAUAUGGCGCCCCCAAAGACAAAACAAAUAACAAAAGUGAAAAGUCUGUCGAGAGUAAUAUGGACAAAACAACAAAACCGUUAUAUUGCAGUUUUGUUGAGUCUUUCAAAAAGAUGAUCAUGUGAUAUAUUGUGUAACCUUAAAGCUGCACGCCUCCAGAUGAGCCAAGUAUUUCAAGAAAUCCAUUCUUUAGAAAAAUGUAUUAAGAUCUUAAGGAAAGUAAAAAGUACUGAUUUUGCAGUAUCAAUCAGUAUAAUCCUACUGCGUUACUAACACAGUAAGAGGUAUUUAUGCAUAUUUUGACCUAUUUUUGGUUAUUUACGUGGAUUGAAAGUGCCGUUUGCAAGAUGUAAAUUACUUUCCUUGUUCACUUCACAAUAUUUUACUCUUCAAUACAUUUUCAAAAUUUUCAUGAAAAUUAGCAUGAAUCUGGAGGCAUGCUGCCAAAAAAAACCCCCUAAAACACAUGAGCAUUUAAAGUUUUAAAAGCUAAUCUCACGUCAGCUUAUUGUAAAAGAAAUUGAUAAUGAUGACGUUUAUAUUAGUAUAUAGCAUGGCAUACCUCAGUUACCUUCCUGUUCAAUCCCAUGUGAAUUCUAAACUAAGCAUUACGUAAGUCAAAGACUGUUUAGACUAUGUAACAGUAAAUUAAUAUUCUGACUGUUGUAUAGCAACUACCCCUUUGUUUGUGUUCGUACACGGUGGGUUUCAUCUUUCGUAUUGUUCUGUUUCUAUAUUUAUAUUAUUCUAUAUUAUUGUUGUUGUUUACUUAUUGCUUUGUUACAUUAAUAAUAAAACUUUUUAAUUUACCAAUAAA